AUGGCGGGCGCCGCGGGCGUGUUCAUCACGCGGGCCUUCGAGGCCAUGCUCAAGGACUGCGCCGCCAACCGCGGCAAGUUCGCCACGCUGCAGCAAUCCAUCCGGUCAUACCUCGAAAGCAUCAAGGGGGCUAAGGCAGAGGGCGCGGUCAUCACGGAGGCGCUCGCGUCGGCUGGGCGCGUGCUCGACGGGCCGCAGGACGAGCUGGUGCUGCAGCCACUCCGCCUCGCCGUCGAGACCAAGCACGUCAAGCUCGUCGAGCCCGCGCUCGACUGCCUCCACGUAAUUACUAAUCAUCAUCAUCCCAUUUCUGCCCUUCAUUUGCUUGCCUGCAUGCUUGAGGCUCAUGAAGCGUCAGACGUGUUGCAUUGA